GAAAGGUCUAAGAGAGCGACAACUAGCUUUAACUGAUCGAUGACGUUUGGUCAAGCGCCCGCCAGUGACCUCGACUGUAACCACUACAAGAAUCGACUCCAGAUAUUGCACUUCAAUAAGCAAUGUCAACCGAGUUACAGUCCUUGCUCUCCGUGGAUGCCACGAUAAAAGUCAGCUCCACGCUCGAUAAGAGUGUGGGCAAGAAAUUCCUCACAGAUGGAAGUCCCGAGACAUGCUGGACAUCCCAACAGGGAACACCGCAGUAUAUCCAGAUCUCGUUUGACAAGCCAGUUGUCCCGAAACGCAUCUCGAUCACUUUUCAAGGUGGAUUUGUUGGCACCCGGUGUUCGGUAGAGGUGCCCAGCAAGAGCGCGGAUGGUGGCAAGGUAGAGUGGGAGCCAUGGACAAGUAUAUACCCGGAGGAUGUAAACCGAAUGCAGACAUUCGAGUUUUCCAAUGAGGAACGCGUCAAAGACGGUAUUCAAAGAUUGAGACUAGUAUUCCAGGAGAGUUCAGAUUUCUUUGGCAGGAUUACUGUGUAUGACCUUCAGCUGUAUGGGAACGUAGUGUGAUUUGUUCUCAGGACUAUAGCUGCCUAAACAUGCAAGGAUGAAAACGGGGCCAGUGUCAAGCUGGAGGGUAGCAGUCACGCAGUCACGAGUGUCC